UAAGAGAAGGAGUACACCACGGUCACAUUGACCUGUCGAUACCGAACAGAAAUAUACAUGUAAAAAACAGACAACAUGUAUUCAAAGAAGUUUGGACGGUUCAUCUUAGGGUUUUGUACCCGUUGUUUAACAAGUGUGGUGAAUGACACUACAACUUCAGCUCGGACUUCAGUAUGUAAACAUCACACGCAGUUUCUGGAGCGUCGCUCUCAAAUUGGUUUCGCGGUUGUGAGGUUUCGCGCCGCCUCCAAGACCACUGUGGACCCAAAUGAGGUGAAGAGGUUCCAGCUUCUCGCCAACAAGUGGUGGAACGAGCAGGGAGACUUUGCAGCCCUCCACUCAAUGAACGACCUCAGGGUGCCUUUCAUACGGGAUAAUCUGUUGAACGCACAUGGCGGGCGGCAGCCGGGGAAACCCCUGGCUGGGCUCAGAAUACUGGACGUAGGCUGUGGCGGGGGGCUGCUCACUGAGCCCUUGGGUAGACUGGGGGCAGAUGUGCUAGGCAUUGACCCGGUGGCAGACAGUAUUGGGACAGAGGAGGUACAUGCGUGGCAUGAUCCAGACCUGCGUGGCAAUGUGCGUUACCGUGCCAACACUCUGGAGGAGCUCUCUGAAAAGGGGGGGCAGGGAGCGGGGCAGUUUGAUGCGGUGGUGGCCUCUGAGGUGGUGGAACAUCUGGCUGACCUGGAAACCUUCACACUCUGCUGCAACCAGGUGCUCAAGCCAGGAGGCUCCCUCUUCAUCACCACCAUCAACAAGACCCAGCUGUCGUACGCCCUGGCCAUCGUGGCAGCAGAGGAGGUGCUACGCAUCGUGCCCAGCGGAACCCAUGACUGGGAUAAGUUUGUCAGCCCCGUGGAGCUGGAGCGCCUGCUGGAGUCCAAUGGUUUCCAUGUGGAGUCUAUCCGAGGGAUGCUGUAUAACCCUUUGUCACGGGCCUGGAGCUGGACAGAGAGCACCAGCAUCAACUACGCCCUGCACGCGGUCAAACUCGAGAAGGAACCGAACUCCGACGAGGACGACCCCGAAGACCCCACCGUGGUAGUUGCCCAAGCUAAGGCCAGACGCUGGUACAACUGACCGUGGAAGAGCGAGUGGUCAUACGCGGUCAGCUGCAGCACAGAUCUUCUGAUCUCUGAAAGGAAAGGCAACGGACCUAAAAAACAAAGCUAUUGAAGGUUAUAGUUCAGUGCUUGAUACAAGUGCAUGGUGUUUUCUUUCAGCCAGGCCAUGAUUGUUCUGUGAGUUCAAGCAUAAUGAGGCACACCCGGUUUGAACAGGAAGUACAUGUCUACAAUGUGUCCAGUGCACUCUAGUCUACCUCCAGUGACACAAGCGCUCGCCCACGAAGCCGCUGGAGUGCGCAACACUUCUUGCGCAGUAAGGAUUUUGGAUGUAUAAGCCUUCUUAUUGAAUAUCUAUAUUUCAAUAUUUCAAGAAAAGGUUAAUCUGCAGGAAGCUAUAAUAAACGGAUCAUUGAAUACGAUUUCAGAACUACUAUGAAUCAGUUGGAAAGCGUUUAUGAGGUGCGAUGUUUAUUUCAAACCGAACCUUUUGGGAAAAGCAGAGCGCACGGAUGCAGGCGGCACUGGGUUGGCACCAAUUAUUUAUAUAUAUGCUGACUGAUAGGCCCUUAUCAUUGUAAAAAAUAUUUAGGAAUCCAUAGAAAUGCAUUUAUUAAUGUCUACAUUCGUUUUUGCCACAUGUAUUCUAUUACAGACACCUUAAUGCAUACAUUUAAAUUGUAUUAUGUGGGCUGAACAUUAAAAAAUAUAUUAAAAUAUAUA